AUGAUGGGAAAACAAACGCUGAUGCCAGCUGCUGUUGGUUGUUUCAGUACCGUUUUGCUCCUGCAGCUGGUUUCCUGCAGCCUCCCACUGCUCGGACCCUCCGAUGCGCUCUACGACCUGAGCGCUUUGACCUACCCUUACAGCAGCAUCCUUUCCCCGCUGCUCAAAGCUCUGUCUGAGCACGGAGGGUCCAGGUUGAGCUCAGGCCAGAGGAAAAAGGCCAAACCCGAGCAGAGGUACGUGAAAUAUCUGACGGAAGUUUACAAGAAGUCCUCAAGGAUGCAGAGGAGCGUCGAUGGAGGAAAUGUCUACAACACCAUCAGGCUGAUCAAACCCCAAGAUGAAUGUCAUGCAAAAAGCAACAAAGAAAGUUUUACGCAGGAUUUGUUCUACAGCCUUGAUCAAGUAAGAAGAAAUGAGCAGCUCCUGAAGUCAUCCCUGCUGUACAGUUUCAACCUCAACGGCCCGUCAGCCGUCAGCCCGGAGUGUCACCUGAGCAUAAAGGAGCAUGAGCGGUCCAAUGAGUGCCAGCUGUGUGCCGGGGUCUGUCGCACGUUGAACUUCACAGCCAGCACAAGCAGCAGGCGGCGCAGAAACUGGGUGGAAGUGGACAUUACCCAGUUUCUCCAACCAAUGCAGAAGAGAAAUGUCCACCUUCUUGUUAACAUCUCGUGCCCUGAGAAGCAAAAGACUGAGAGCGAUGGUUCCAAAGGUCCUUUCGGGUUCAUCAUGAGGUCUCCACCUCUUAUUCUGUAUCUCAACGACACAAGCAAAGUGGCAAACCAGAGGUCGGCGACGAGUUCCAGUGAAGAUCUAUGGCCGCACUCUGCAACAAACACGUUUCAGAAGCACGUUCUGAAAUCUGCACAAAGGAACGGACACAAGAGAUGGAGGAGGGAAUCUUCAAUUAGCAAGCGUGGAGACAAAAGUGUGGAUAUACAGCUGCCAGAGCUGAAAUCCAGCUCUGAAUUCCCCACCACGGACUGUGCCUUGUACGACUUCAGGGUGCGGUUCAGCCAGCUCAAGCUGGAUCACUGGAUUGUUUUUCCACCGAAGUACAACCCCAGGUACUGCAGGGGGAUCUGCCCAAGAACGAUGGGCUUCAUCUACGGGUCCCCCGUCCACACCAUGGUGCAAAACAUCAUCUAUGAGAAGCUGGACUCAUCUGUGCCCAGACCGUCCUGUGUUCCCUCCCACUACAGCCCCCUCAGCGUCAUGAUCUUUGAGGAGGACGGCUCCUACGCCUACAAGGAGUUUAAGGACAUGGUUGCUACCAGGUGUACAUGUCGCUGAUCAGUUAUGGCAAAGGCUAGUUCUUCUGGACCAUCUCCAUUUAUUAGCAACUCUGACCACACUAAAUUCAUAGACCUGUUAAAAAAAUGUAGCAAUAAAAAAAAAAAAGUUCACGAGCAACUGUGUUUACUUAACCGAGAAGUAUUUUAUCAUGUG